UGCAACCUAGCUAACUGCAUAACAACAGAAGUCCAAAAUGGAGAAAGCUUUUAUAAUACGAAUUAUGUGCCGUUCAGUGUAUUAUAAUAAUCAGUUUUGAAGAAAUGUUCGCUUAUUUUUUCUUUUAUAUUCGUGACACAAACCCGACAGUUAAAGCUAUCGUAUUUCUAGCGGCAGCUCGUGCUGUUUGCCAUCGUUGCUAUCCUGACGGCUAGGCUGGCUUCCGGUGGUGCGGAAGAUCAUCAACAAAGGCUGGCUUGCCUGCACUGUGGCAGGAAGGACACGUCAGUGAUUAUGGAAGUUGACGAGAUGGAGACAAGCAUACCGGAGCUCCAGAUGUUCAACAUGAGGGUAGAAAACGAGACAAAGAGAGAUGAAGAAAGAGAGGAUGAAGAUUAUAUGUCAGAUUUCCCAUGCACGUCUGUUCACUCCACAAAUGUAACUCCCAUCAAGGAGACGCAAUUGAAGGACGGUUCAGACUUGCUCAAUGUAAAAAAAGCAGUGGUGGUCUUGACCCGGCUCCCUGAAUAUAAGAUCAGCGCUCUGCGACCACCGACGCCUCAGCAGUUCUACAGCGAAGACGACUCCCUCAGCAGCUCUGAUUCCGAUAUGCAGUUGGAACCAGAAGAUGAUUCUUGUGAUUCUGAUUUUUCGCUUUCACAAAACAAAAGGAAAUCUUUAAAACGCAUUGCUCCAUCACACACGGGCAGGAUGGUCAUCAACCACAACAACCUCAAUGGAGGGCCCCCUGUAAUAAUAUCAUCGGCUUUUGCCCAUUGCUCCAAUGAAACCACAAAGAGCCGGCCCAACUUGCCAGAAGAAGAGGUCACAGUGAACACUGUGGUCCUGGGCAGGAAGAGAUCCAUGAGAUGGCAACGUGGGAAAAUAUUAGAUAUAAUAACAAAGGAAGAUGGACGGGUGAAGUACAAAGUUAGUUUUGACGAAAAGGGGAAGAGCCUCGUGUCCGGCCACCACAUCGCCUUCGACACCACACCGCAGCUGGAGCAGCUGUUUGUCGGCGCCCGCGUGGUGGUCCGCUGUCAGGACAACAAGCUCCAGUUCCGGCCGGGUAUUUUGGCGGAGCUCCCCAGCAGAAAGAACCGCUUACGGUUCUUGGUCUUUUUGGAUGGUCACAUGCCAGUCUAUGUGGGCUUACCUUUAUUUCACCUGGUGUGCAGACCACUGGAAGUUGCUCUGGAUGACAUUCCAGAAAGUCCUCACAAGUCCUUCAUGACGCAAUAUCUGAAGGACUGGCCGUUCCCCCAUUUAACCCAGUACCGGGCUGGACAGAGCCUCAACGCCGAACUACAUGGAGCCCAGCAGAGGUGCCAGGUGCAAAUGCUCGACUGCAGCUUGAUGCAGGUUGUUUUUAAGGAUACUCAACAUAAGGAGUGGAUCCAUCGAGGCUCCAUGAGGCUGGAACACAUGGCAAGAUUUUUGGAAAUGAAAGGAGCGGAAGAGCGCGAGAAUGAUUCGGACUGAAAGCCCAGGGACACAGAAACGUAUCAUGAAAUGACUUUGGAAUACAAACCAUGAAUAGAAAAAUGUACUACAUUUUCCCUAAUAUGUGCCAUUGGAUUUUCUUUAGGAAAGGUUAAUAACUAAACAAUAUCCGCUCAUAAUAAGAUGUGCAAAUAAUGAGUUAAGCGCACAUGAAUGACUCGAGACGGUUAUUUAAUCCAAUCUGCUUUGCUUCUGUGCUUCUCAUAUAGCUGUUUGGUGGGUUGUUGCACUUCGAGCUGAAGUUGUACACCAUUAUGACAUGGUGAACAAGUUUUUUUUCCAGAAAUAGGAAUUAAUCUUAAGACCAGUUUGUUAUAUUUAGGGGAGGACGAUCCGCCAUAGUUCUCCUCUACGGUUGGCACCCAGGAACUCAAGAUGAGGCCACAUCCUGCACACCACACCUUGAAAUUUAAACGAGCAACUUUGCAUGUCGAAGACAAGAAUAUUGGCUUCCUGUUUAAUCUUUAUUUCACUUUUUCACAGCGUGACACUCGGACCCACAAUUUAAAUUGUGCAUUUAUUUGUUUUGUGGAUGUUGAGUGCUGGGAAGCUGUCACAGUAAAUAUGUUUGCAACAUAUUCUUCAGUUUAAUUUUAUUUGGAUAUGUCCUAAUUACAUUAAAUACAAAUUGAUACGCUGACACAUUUUUCCAGACCGGUACAUUUCCCCAUGUGGGGACAACAACAAAAGGUGCUCAAACAAUAUGCAGGUUAAUCAACUUCCUCAAAUAUGUUUUCAAUGUUUUAUUUGAUGGGCCGUAGUGCAGCGAGCGGGGGCGUUCUCCUCGGUGAUGGAGCUGGUUCCACCUCGUGGAGCCAAGACGGCAAAACGUUUUGACCUUUUUCAGCAAUAAUUCUUUUUUAAACUCUCAUUGUUUAGCUCUGGUUUUUCAUACAUGAAUAACCGUGUACCAGUUUAUAAUGUUGAUGAUUUGGCGUAAGUCAAAACAGGAAUAAUAAACAUCAGGAACUGUUAGAAAGUCA